AUGGCGGCGGCGGCGGUGGGGGCAGGGACGGGGGCCUUGCUGAGGCACGGGGCCAAGGGCGGCCUCUGGUCGAGGCCCUCAGCGGCCUCUGUCCUGUGGGCAGCCGUCCGGAGUCAGAGUUCUCACAGCCACCCUGCUCAUCUCCGCCUCAACCCGAAAACGUCACUGACCUCACCACCGUGGCCGAAAAUCCAGCUUCCAGACCCAGCCCAAGAGGCCGGCAUCCACGCAGCGCUGGUGCAGAAGGUGAACAAGCAGAUCGCGGCCGGCCAGUAUGGCCGUCUCUUUGCUGUCGUGCACUUUGCCAGCCGGCAGUGGAAGGUCACCAACGAGGAUCUGAUUUUAAUCGGGAACUCGCUGGAUAUUGAAUGCGGAGAGAGAAUUCGUUUGGAAAAGGUAUUGCUGGUGGGAGCCGAUGACUUCACCCUUAUCGGGAAACCUCUGCUGGGCCUGGACCUCGUCCGCGUAGAAGCCACCGUCGUCGAGAAGACGGAGUCGUGGCCGAGAGUCUAUAUGAAAUUUAAGAAAAGGAAGAACUUCAGGAAAAGGAAAACCAUCGUGACCCAGCAGACACUGCUACGCAUCAACACCAUCGAAAUUGCUCCGCGUUUGUCGUGACCCCGGGCUGAGCCUCAGAGGAAGCGCUGGGCUCUGAGCCUGCUCGAACCAAAAAUCCAAUUGCCUUUUUAUAAUAAAAUUCU